AUGAAUCAUGAUACGAAAAGUCGUAACAAUAAAGAUAUGCGAAGAAGAUCGGCAUUGUCAUUCAUUGGUGGAGAUGGUUCACUUGAUAUAGAUCAUGUUUUACAAUCCGAACCUUGGAAAAAUAUUGAAAAAUUUAAAAAUAGCGAGGCUGGUUGUAUUCAGACAAUACUAGAUAAUUUCGUCGAAACAAUUACACAAAAGAACACCAUUGAAGCUAAAGAGGGAUUCUUAAAGUUUAUUAAAGGCGAUAUUCCUGCGAAGAAAAGUCCGAAAUCUACAAAAGGCUCAACGAAGUCUCCAAUAAAGGAUUUACCUGGGACUUCAUCAAGUACUAAUAGCAACAUCGUUGAAACAAAUACUAUAGUAAAUAAGAACAAAACGUUAAAGAGACAAAAUCGGUGUGAGAUGGAAAUGCAAAAACUCUCAUCUGAUGAUGUAAAAGAAAAAAUCCAAAACAUUUCAGAAGCCAACGUCAAGGAAAAUAUCGAUUCAAAUAAAAAAAUGACUAAGAAAAGGAUCUUGCAGGAUGUAACGAAUAUAACGAAUAUAACAGAAGAAAAUCUACACACAAGCACUCCUAAAAAAAUAAAAAAGACGGUAAAAAAGAAAGAAUCAACAGCAGAAAAUAAAAAACCAAAAACGGAAAAGUCGAAAAAUAAAUCAGGGAAAAAUAUUCAGCACAAAGAGAUAGAGAAAAAAUCGAAGAACACGAAAGAGCAAGCCAAAAGUAGCACAAAUAUUCUUGAAGAAACACCAAAUGUAAAGUUGAAAAAUAAUUUGGAGAAAAUAAUUCCGCAGGAACUCUUACAUAAUACCGAUAAUGUAAAAGAAGAAACUAAAAAAUCUUCCAAAGACACCACCAAGAAGAAUGUCAAUUCAGAUAAAAAAAUUAAAAAAAUCGUGCAGGACAAAGCAAACACUGAAAAAGAUUUGCAAACAAGCACUUCUAAAAAAGAAGCAUCUAAAAUAAGAAAAAAGAAGGUGAUAAAGGAAAAAUCAACGGCAGAAAAUAAAAAAUCAAAAACGGAAAAUUCAGAAAAUAAAUCAAAGAAAAAUGUUCAACGCAAAAAAAUACAGAAAAAAUCGAAGAGUACGAAAGAGCAAGCCAAAAGUAGCGCAAAUAUGCUUGAAAAAGAAAAAAAGAUGAAUGUAAAUUUAAAAAAUAAUUUGGAGUGCAACAAAGUGAAUCAAAAUUCGUCGAAAGAUAAAGUAAAGAAUAAAAAAGUGAAAUAUAAAAACAUAUCUAAUCAAUUAAAUGGAAAGAAUCUGAAGAAAGAAAAUCCCGAGAACAAGUUGCAAGGAAGCGCCCGGAAGUUAUCUGCGACAUUUAUUAAUAUCUAUGAAAACAGCGACAAAAAUAAAAGCAUCCUUAAGCCCAUCCUAUUAAACCAAGCCAAGAUGAAGCUGCACGAGAAGAAAGAAUCAGGCAUCCACAGAAUCCAAGAGGUACCCCUCGAGGAAUUGGACUUAUCAAAGGAAUACAAUGUGGAGAAAACUCUAGGCGAAGGUAGUUUCGCGAAAGUCCUACUGGCAACGCACAGGACCACUCAGACAAGAGUGGUCCUAAAAGCGGUUCAUCAAGAACUCACAUCCGAGAAGGACUUCUUCCGGGAAUUCCAUUACUCGUACCAUUUAAGCCCGCAUCCUAAUAUACUCUGCUCGUACGCAGUUGCCUUUAAGGCGGAGAAAUGUUUCGUCUUCGCGCAGGAGUAUGCGCCCUACGGCGAUCUCGCUGGCAAUGUGAAAGCCGGCGGGCUCAACGAGGAUGCCUGUAAGAAAAUUGCUGGUCAACUCGCCUCGGCCCUCGAUUUUAUCCAUUCAAAACAACUGGCCCAUCGUGACAUCAAGCUAGAAAACGUGCUAGUGUUCGCGCAGGACAUGAGCAAAGUGAAGCUAUGCGACUUUGGCUGCACAAAGCGCGAGGGCACCCUUGUGAAUAAGAUCCGUUGUACCUGGGUGCCGUUCCAACCUCCCGAGAUUCACGAGAUCAUUAAGAAUGAAAGAUAUGCUUGCAAGAGAAGCUCAGACUGCUGGCAGUUUGGCAUUGUCCUUUUCGUUUGUCUGACCGGUAAUCCACCAUGGCAAAGCGCCGAUCCAAUCCAAGACCCAGACUAUUCGGCCUUUCAACGAUGGCUGAAGAGACGUACCACCAAAAUCCCACCGACUUUCCGUCGCUUCACUCCUAGGCUACUCCGAUACUUUAGGCGAGCAUUCGAACAUAAGCCGGAGAAGAGGCCUCACGUGACCGAGAUCAACAAAUACCUAAAGGAUUCAUGGUGUAUCAGCAAGAUUAGCCACAGUGCGACGUCGACAUCAGUCGAUGUUAGCGAGAGUCUUGCCAGGCGAGGCGAUAGCCUACUCUAUCUAGAUACUAUUCUGGACGAUCGGCAUAACGUAGAUGAGAACAAGAAUAAAUUAAGAAAGUUACUUAACAGUUACGGCCUGGAAACUACGGUGGAUCAGAAAGUCGUCACUAAGAGGAUAUGGGAAUGGGUAAUGCAAUGUGAUUCUAAUAUAGACACAGAGCCCGGUCUGAUCAGCAGCUUCAGUACGGAGGACAUGUGAGAGAUAGUGAGAACUUGCAGCGAACCGUGCCUUCGGAUCACUCAAGGGGAACCGAGUAAGUUCCGAAUGGGCAGCUUCUACAUGCCGACCUCGUAUAGAUGUGCCAAAUAAUCUGCUAGAGUUAUCUAGCCGAGAGACACUUUCUGGAACUCGAGUGAUACGCGAAAAAAACGGAACAUGAUCCUGUUUCUGCGAUGUUUCCAAAGUGUCAAAAAGCUAAUCACAAGCGGACCAAUUACUGAACUUGUUUAAUUAAUAAGAAUGAAGAUUGCGAAAAAAUUUGAGAGACAAUGAUAUUUGUAUAGAUUGGUGUUGAAAAUGGUAUAAUCGCAAUUAAUACAACAAAAGUUAAUACA